AUGGCGCGUGUUUUGAGAUUUAACAAUGUCAGGAAGAUUCACCAAACGGCUGGUUUUCAAGUUGGGGGAUUAUUUAGAGCUAGACGUCGAUUGCCUCCGAGUAAUAACGAGUGGGGACCUUUAACCGAUUUGCCUGACUACAUUGUCAUAGGAAAGGCUAAUCCUCAAUUUACAAGCCAAGGGCAAAGGCGACGAGCUAUUCAGCAAUACAAAGUAUCUAACAAAAUAAUUCAAUUGGUUGGCGAAAUGAAAGAAACUCAAGAAAAGCAUGUUAAGAAUAUGGAAAUGAAGGAGAGCAAUACCAAAAUAUUAAAGCAGCAGUGUCUUCGAGAGAAAGGGAAUCGAAGUGCAUAA